GAAUCUUCAUGAAAACUUUUCAUGACAUUGUUUUCAUGAUAGCUAACAUUAUUGAAAAAAAAACAUCCAUCUUCUCCCAGUCGUCUCUCUCUCUCGCAUCCCCAACACCUCCAACGUCGGAAGAGUUCCAGGUGAUCUGGUUGAAGCUGUUGUCCCUUUUAUGGGUGAAUCUAUGAGUGAUGGAACUCUUGCAAAAUUCUUGAAGAAUCCUGGUGACAAGGUAGAAGUUCAUGAACCAAUUGCUCAAAUUGAAACAGAUAAGGUGACAAUUGAUGUUGCAAGUCUUGAAGCAGGUGUAAUCCAAAAGUAUGUAGCCACGGAAAGGGAUACUGUGGAGCCAGGUACCAAGAUUGCUGUCAUUUCAAAGUCUGGUGAAGGUGUUGCCCAUGUUGCUCCAUUUGAGAAGACAACAGACAAAGCUGUUUCUCAGCCACCUCCUGUUGAACUAAGUGAAGAGGAUAAGCAAAAGCCUAAAGUUGAAAGCACUCAGCCUAAGUGUAUUUCUACUACUCCCCCUAAACGCUCUACUACAGAACCCCAACUUCCCUCUAAAGAAAGGGAAAGACGCGUUCUUAUGACAAGGCUCAAAAAACGAGUUGCGAUCCGCUUAAAAGAUUCUCAAAACACAUUUGCAUUGCUGACAACAUUUAAUGAAGUUGAUAUGACUAAUUUGAUGAAACUCCGAUCUGACUACAAGGAUUCCUUUGUUGAAAAGCAUGGAGUCAAGCUGGGACUUAUGUCUGGAUUUGUGAAGGCUGCUGUUAGUGGUCUCCAAAAUCAAUCUAUUAUCAAUGCUGUAAUUGAUGGGGAUGAUAUCAUAUAUAGAGACUAUAUAGAUAUCAGUAUAGCUGUUGGUACUCCAAAGAUGCAACCCUUUUGAGCACGUGAUGAUAUCUUCGCAUAUCGAUAUUGAAGCUUACUAUUGAUAUCAAAACAAGCUACAAUAUGUUUUUUUUAUUUUAUUUGUAUUGUCGAUACUAAAAAUUUGAGUUCUUAAAUAUCAAAAAUUAUUAGUUUUGUUGGAAGUUGUUUUAUAUAUUUUUGUAAAGAAUAUUUGGUUGACAAUUGUUACAGGGUACAUAUAUAUUAUUUUUGGUAUA